AUGAGCGUCGAUCCGAAAUGCAACGAUGCGAAGUAUGCGGCGAUUGCGAAUAAAUGCCGAAAACGCUGCCGCUCAUGUUGCCUUCAUCCUGAUUAUAACUGUGUCAAUGCUCCAGAUCCGGUGAUGGACUGUGAAUUUGCUGUGAAACAACACUUAUGCAAUACUACAAAUUAUCUCAUGAAAAUGAUCCUUGCUCAGGAUUGUCCAGCAUCCUGCGGCCUCUGCAACUGUAAGAAUUGUUGUCCAAAAAAAUCUCUAAUGGGAGCAAUGUUAUGCUGCAACCCAGACAACACGACUCCGGAAAUUCUUGUUGCAGAUCACUAG